UGUGUUAUAUCCGGACGGAUUAUUGCGCCGGAGUCUGACGGCGGAAAUGGCUUAUGGGGGGCCAAUUACAGAGACGAGCAGGCUGGUUCUGGCUUGGUUCCUUGUUACUCAGGGAACUAUGUGGCGGAGGAGCGUUUUCGGGGCUGGGAAGUUCCACGUUUGUCUUCGUGCCCGAGGAAAUGGCCUCUUAGCUCAGGACAGUAAGCCACACAAAAGUUUUGGCACCUCUGCUGUCGUCUGGACUAUGAAAGAUGAACAGGUGUCUCCAGCCAACAAUACUGAUAAAAAGACUGAUUAUAAGAGUAAGGGGAAAUCAACGCAAGCUACGGCAAAGAAGAACAUGCUGAAAAUCCUUAGUGAAAUGAAGGUAGACAUAAGUUCAAAGAAGACAUUUCUGAAGUUGAAAGCUCAGAAAAUGAAGGUUCAAACAGAGUUGCCAGAACAUAUGGAGAGCACAAGCAGCAUGUUCCAGAAAGCUGCAGAAGACAAGGCUAAGAGCAAGCCACUCAGUCCAGAGCUUGUUGCAGCUGCUUCUGCUGUCGCCUCUUCUCUGCCACUGGACAAGAAAAAGACUGUUUCAGAAUUGCUUCAGCUGCUGAAGAAGCACAAGGACAUCACUGAGGCGCGGAAAAGAGGAGAAAAUCCUGACAUAAGCAACAUCAUCACAAACAUGAAGAUUAGAAGAAAUUCUCUGCCACGGGAAGCCUUCCGGGCAUCCGGUCAGAUUCAGUUCGAUGAGGAUGGACGAGGCUAUUUUUUUGAGAAAGGUGCUUCUCGCGGACAUGCAGGCAUGAAAAGGAGGGCACUGUUUUCAGGGAAAAGACUUAAUAUUUUCCCUGUACCUCCUGCACCAGAGGGAGCCCUCGAAACAGUGACGAAACCGAACAUUUGGGACGUGGAGCUUGCCAAGGAAAUUGCUGCGGUUGGUCAAAGACCCCCUCGGAACGGUUUUGAGGAGAUGAUAGAGUGGACGAAAGAAGGAAAGCUGUGGGAGUUUCCACUUGAUAACGAAGCUGGUAUCGAAGAUGACACUGAAUUUUAUGAACAUCUGUUUCUGGAAAAACACUUGGCAGAUUUUCCUAAGGAAGGACCAGUACGCCAUUUCAUGGAGCUCGUCACCUGUGGACUUUCUAAAAAUCCAUACAUGAGUGUUAAAGAAAAGGUAGAAUAUAUUGAUUGGUUCCGCAGUUACUUUAAAGAAAAAGAAGAGUUGCUUAAGGAAAUUGAAGCACAUGAGAAGGAAGUGCUUCUUGAAAGAGAGAAGCUAGCAAAGUGAAAA